AUAAUGAACAAGUUGAAAAUAAUUUUUUAAUGAUAAUUGAUGUUAGCAAGAAUAACUCUUUAUGACAGGAUACUUUAUACUAUGUAUUGGACUUCGAAUCAGGAAAAUAUGGAACUAAUACUUUAAUGUGAUUCGGUAAUGGAGACGAUUCUAUAUAUAUAGGCAACCUCACUGUACAUGUAUAUGGAUCAGAGGAAAUCCCUCUGACGUCAUAGACUAAGUUUCUCUUUAUAUUUCGCCACGUUAUACAGCAGACAAGGUCAGCUGAGUGUAUACACACACUGACACUGACAGCACCUCGACUACACGUGUACUGAUCACCGUAAGUAUCCACUCAAUGUUUGUAUGUAAUCUGUCGUAUGUGUGUCCAAACAAACUUUACUAGACGUGGAAUCAGAAUCACGUGGUAAUAUUUGCUAAAAUGCGGUGUACUUUAAAAAAAAUGUUCUAAAGAACAUCAAACAGUAGCCCGGGGCACAGGUAUAUAUUGCAUGUGAUAUAUAGGCGAUGAGGAUUUCGAUUUCAGGGUCACUAGCAGGUGUUACAAACAUGAAACCCGGGGACCUCUAGGGUGACGAGGAUGGCUGCCCACUCGGACCACACGUCCCACCACAUGCAAUUCUUUUCGGUGGGGGUGAACGUCCCAAUUCUGUUCCAGGAAUGGAAUCUCAAUACUAAAACAGGUCUGUAUUUGACUUGUGUCGGGAGCAUUCUAUUGGGGAUACUGUACCAGAUCGUUAAGUGCCUGCGACAGUAUGCACAUCGGGGGUACCGCGUCAAGGACAGAGGAACCAUUAGAAGCCGGGAACACGGCCUACAGACGUUGCUCUACUGUGUACAGAUGAUAACCAGCUAUGUCCUUAUGCUCAUUAUAAUGACAUUUAAUGCCUGGGUCUUUUUGUCCACUGUUGCUGGGCUGGGUCUGGGCUAUUUCUUGUGCGGCUGGGCGUAUCCGGAAAUAGAUGAAAAAAUUACACCGUGUCCUGAACCGUGCAACAACGAAAGAAGUCGUCAUCGUAACGAUGACGCAGAGCAAGAAUUACAGCUGUUACAGAGUCCGUCCGCUGGCGAGUGUGAGGACUUACUAUGACGUAACCACACUGACCACUGAACAAUUUUCAGACGGAGGUACAUAAGGGAAACAGUGCAAACAGUUAUAUUCUUUAUAAGAUUUUUAUACAUUGUAUAUUUUGUGAGUAAUGACAUAUCUGUAGAUCUUAUUUCUAGUUCAUUGCAUAAGGUGCUUGCCAUAAGUGUGUAAAAAGGGUAGCAUGUGCUUGUUAUUUUCUCUUUUAUUUUGUACAUUUGUUUACAAUUUUUGACAGAAAUUAGAAUAAAGUUUUUGUUUUUUUUGUAUAAUGUUAA